UAAAAAGGGCGAUUUAACGGAGUGACACGGAGAGUGCUCAUGGGCCAAACAAAACCCUGCAAAAAAUGAAGCGAAUGAAUAGCUCUGUUCCACACUUCUGUGGAGGCGGAAAGCUGAUCCGCACAUGGUAAUAUAGGCUAUGGAAAGUAGGCGAUAGUGCAGUCAAUCUCUUAUCUAUCCUUCUGGAGCAAUUUGGUUAGGGAAGGAAAUUUAAUUUGGCUUCAAAUAUGGGAUUGUUGAGAUGCACUCCGAGUCAAUUCAAUUGUACCUCGUUUGUUGUGAAGUUUAUGGUGUGGUCGCCAAGGACAAGAUUUUUUAGCAGCAUCAAAGGGGAUUUAAACGCAUAUGAGAUUCUAGGAGUGGCAAACAAUUGCAGCGAUGUUGAAAUCAAAGCAGCAUUUCGUAAGCUGGCAAAGGAAACUCAUCCGGACUUGCAUAUACAUUUGCAGGCCGAUUUUCUCAAAGAUCGUUUUGUCCACAUUCUCGCUGCUUACGAGUAGGAGCUGCUUGGAAUUGGAGUGCAGAUUCUUUCUGAUCCACAGAAGCGAGCCCAAUAUGAUGCUGACUUGUUACUCCAAAGGCACAUGGAUGAAAAACAAUUCAAAAAUCAUCCAAAUAUAUAUACACAUGACAUUAUAUAUGACAACUGCUCCAGAAUGCAGCACAUGGAAGUGGUAGAAUGGCUAAAAUGGUAUAGGCAUGCGGUCAAUGAUAUUGUCUCACGAACUGAGAUAGGUGUGGGAUCAGGAUUACGAGAAUACCUUGAAGGAGAGAUUCAUUCUGCUAUUAGAGCAGCAUACUUUGGUCCAUCAAUUGAAUCCACGUAUACAUUGCCAGACUGUUUUGAAGCAGAGGAAAGGUCAGAUUCUACAGUAUCAGAGGUUUUACAUCUUGUUUCUGGCCGUCACCUCUUUGGAGUUGUCUGCUUUGCUGAUACAUUUAUUAAUCUUCCACAUGAACCGUCCUCCAAUGCAACUUGUUUUCCUUCAUAUACCAUGCCAAUAUAUCCUUCCAUGGAACAAAUGUCCACCAAGGAAAAACUUGAAAGAGCAAAUCAGCAGGUCUUCUCAGAGAAUAAUGCCGAAGUUCCAAAUCACCUUAAAGAUACAUACCCGCUACAAGUUGAGAAAGAAUCUCUUAAAAUCAAUCAAUUGGAUGCUUAUAAAGAUUUGGAGAUUCACCUUUUUGGAAAGGUUGUUGCUAGAGCAACUAGGGUUCCUCCAGCACAAUUUCAUGGUUCAAAUCAAGGCAAGGAUUCCCAAGAUUGCAUAUCUGUUUUUUUGGAGGUGGAUCAAACUACAUCCCAUACAGAACAGUCAUAUUCUGUAGGCUCUGAUUCCAAAACAGCUGUUCAUGGUUCUUCAAAAGUUCUUAUUGGUACAAUUUAUGGACUUGGGACAACUUCGUCAGAAGGUACAUGCUUUAUACAUGGUGCUGAUGGAAAAAAAUCUCACAUGAUAGUUCUCCACAGGACACCUUUGGUUAAGCACAUGUAUUGGUAUGAUGUUGGGCAAGAAAAUUCAGCUUGUGAAUGUAGGUGUACGAGAGCACGUCUCCCACCAAGCAAAUUUUGGAUUUUUGAACCUCGCUGUGAGAAGCAUGAUAUUGGGGGUUGGUAUGUUGAAACAUUUGGACGGGACAAGAAAGGAAAGACAAUCCCAUUUGGGAGACACUGGCAAAGCCUAAAUUACUAUGAUGGAUCAAAGUUUAUGGGAAGAUCUUCUCACCAAAGCUCACGAGGGAAACUUCAUCCAGCAAUGUACACCAUGGUUCUUGCUUAUAGAACACUAGACCUUGAAGCAGCCCAGGGUCAGAAGACAUUAAUGGGCGGCAUACUCAAAACCAACAUAGACCUAACAUCAAUGACUUCCAAUCUUUUACUGUGGUGUAAACGAAAACUGCCAUUCAUAAAAUUUUUCUGAAAAUAUUUGAGACCAAUAUUUUAUUAGCCUGUUAAAUAUUUUAUUCAUUAGCACAUGAGUAGGCAAAGAGUGCUGCACAAACCAAGUUUCUACCUGCAAUUUCUAGUCUAAUAUAAAAUAAACUUAGUAGAUUCUUCUUCUGGAUUCAAAUUGUGCAGUCAGAGAAACAUGAAGGAAACAUUAACCCUUCAGCUUCAUGAUGCAUAAAUAGAAAGUUGGAAUCCUUGACCCUUAAGUCCUUUUCAUUUCAAGAAUCAAUCUUUUGGAGUUUUUUAAUUUGUAUCUCUCCUUAAAGCAGUGAAUGACUAGCUUGAUCCUGUAAGUUUACUUCAUUUGACACAUAUUCAUGUAACAUUUCCAAUACAAACAGUGGAUACCCGCGACCCAUAUCUACUGCUACUGUGUAUAUGAGCACAAAUGAGAAGAUCAUCAUCUGGCUUCAAUUUAGGUGCAUCUCGGUGUAGAUGAUAGUGCUGUUGGAAGUUGUAAAUAAAGCAUCUCUCAUAGCUAAGCCCAAGCGGAGUUUUAGGAAACAUAAUAAUGAUAUUAUAUUGAUUUCUAAAGUUUCUUUAGGCUGUGAUAAAAAAGAAACAUGGAUCCACUGAUUGAGAUGAAAGAGCUAUACCUUCGAUUAAGGUUGUGGGAUUGUAUGUUGAAUAAAACGUAACAUGUAUUUAAGUCAAGCUAAUGUUGUAUACUAUCUUUUGAGGUUGCCAAAUU